AGCAGGUUGCUGCUUUGCGGAGCAACUCCAAACCCCGUUCGACCCUCGUUUCCCUCACGAGCAGCGGUUGGUGAUUUUCGAUAUACCACCCCCUGGAUUGUCGCACGCCCUCGCAUUAAAUAAUUCCCGGUUAAAUCGCACCCUACUUUAUUUGUGCCGAGAUCGACUGCAGACUCCCGCUUCUGUUUCCCAAUUUAUUUGAUGCGAUGAUAAUGAUGUCCGCCGAGAAAAGACCAGCUCAAGACUCGUUCGGGUCAACGCAGCUUGUUAAACGACAGCGCUCAGAUGCAGAUUUGGGAAAUAACAAUGCUCUUGCUGUAUCGAGUAGCACCUCUCAAAAUGGGGCGCUGAUGAAAGCUAUUCCCCGGACGAGUGGCCUCGAAGCUCCUAUUAUGGAACUUACAGGCCAUACGGGGGAGGUGUUUGCGACGAGGUUCGAUCCAACGGGUCAACACAUCGCAUCUGGUGGAAUGGACAGGUCAAUAUUGUUAUGGCGAACGUACGGGCAAUGCGAAAACUACGGAGUGAUGACCGGACACAAAGGCGCUGUCUUAGACUUACAUUGGUCUCGCGAUUCUCGUAUUAUCUUUUCCGCGUCUGCAGAUAUGACUCUCGCUAGCUGGGACCUUGAAUCUGGAGAAAGGAUACGUCGGCACGUUGGCCAUGAAGAAGUCAUCAACUGUCUUGAUCUCAGCAAGCGCGGACAAGAGCUCCUAAUUAGCGGCAGCGAUGAUGGAUGUAUUGGAAUUUGGGAUCCCCGGAAGAAAGACGCGAUAGAUUUUCUGGAGACUGAAAUGCCCAUCACGGCGGUUGCAUUGGCCGAGGCUGGAAAUGAAAUUUACAGCGGCGGCAUCGAUAACGAUAUUCACGUUUGGGAUAUUCGAAAACGAUCGAUCGUAUACUCCAUGAUUGGCCACACAGAUACGGUUACAUCUCUACAGAUUUCGCCGGAUUCGCAAUCGUUGCUCUCAAAUUCCCACGAUUCCACCGUUCGAACGUGGGAUAUCCGACCGUUCGCGCCGGCAGAUCGACACAUCAAGACCUAUGACGGCGCAACGACAGGCCUCGAGAAGAAUCUCAUUAGAGCCAGCUGGUCGCCUAACGGAGAAAAGAUUGCUGCGGGAAGUGGGGACAGAAGUGUGGUGAUUUGGGAUACAAAGUCGGCGAAGAUUUUAUAUAAGCUUCCAGGCCACAAGGGAGUUGUCAAUGAUGUGCGCUUUGCGCCAAAUGACGAGCCCAUAAUCGUUUCGGGAUCGUCCGAUCGUUGCAUUUUCCUUGGCGAGAUUAGCAAAUAAUUUCGAAUCUGGGCAAAUUCCAAAAUUCAACGUGUGCAUCUUUUCAUUUCUUCUAGCGCUUUGGCUUGGAUUUUUGUAUUGUAUACUCAAGAGUGGCUGGAAUAAAGCCUCCCCUGACUGUGUGUGUUCCUGUCCGUCUCCACGGACAUGUGUUAUUGCCUUUGACCUUUUCCUGCAGUAAACAGUGAUAUGGCAUUUCUCUUCGCGCUCGACCUAAGUAAAUACCGUUUACCCGCUCC